AUGCAAACGUCGAAAGUUACCAAUCGGUUAUGUAAACUUCCAGGUCGUUUAGAAGGCAAAUUGGCGAUUGUCACUGGUGCUAAUAUUGGCAGUGGUCUUGAAUUGACUGGAGAGUUGGCGCGUCGUGGAUGCACGGUGAUAAUGGCUUGUAGGGAUUUAGAAAGAGCAUGUUAUGGCAGGGAAUCACUGAUUGAUCGUUAUGGUGAAAGGAGUCAAGAGGCUUGGCGAAAAUCACCAGCUGGAGCAGCUGUUGAACCAUUUCUGCAGGCGAUUAAAUACUCACAGUUAAUUGUUGAACAUCUCGAUUUAGCCUGUCUAUCAUCUAUACGUGAAUUUGCCAGAAAAAUGAAUAGUACCUAUACCCGAUUAGAUUUGUUGAUUCAUAAUGCUGGUAUGAUGGCGACAAGUUAUAUGGAAACCCAUGAUGGCUUUGAAUUGCAAAUGGGUGUCAAUCAUUUCGGUCCAGCGUUAUUAAUCGAUCUACUACUUCCACUGUUAGCCAAUGCAUCUUGCUCUUUACCAUGCGCGCCAGCUUCACCGUCACGUAUCAUUGUGGUCGCCUCAAAUUUAUAUCAACAAGGUGAAAUUGAUUUGAAUAGAUUAAACUUGAAAGGUGAUCAAUAUGGUCCAUUCAAGGCGUAUAAUCAAUCCAAAUUGGCUAUUAUAUUAUAUAUAAGAGAGUUGGCGAAUCAGUUAAACAAUCUACGGAUUAUCCCAAUGACUGUACACCCUGGGGCUGUUCGAACAGAAAUAUCAUAUACAGCAAAUAAUACCUAUCAAUUAUUUCUACGAGCUGUUGGUAUCAGUCCAUGGGAAGGUUGUCAAACUGCUCUAUACUGUGCUCUAGUGAAUGAUCCGCUGCCUGGAGGAUUCUACUCAAACUGUGCCCUGGAAGAGUUAACUGAAAAAGCUAAAAAUGAACAGUUGGGCAAAAAAUUAUGGCUAGUAACACGUGAAAUGGUUGGUUUACCACCAAAUUUAACACUAUUAUAUUGAACAUCGAAUCUUUCGCCUUCUUCAUCUUGAUUAUUUUGUUUUAAACCAACUAUCUAAACAUUUCAUUUCAUUUGAACUGAAAAAUGACCAAAGCUUCUCUUUGAAUAAUCUUGAGCUGAAGCAAGCAUAAACAUUUGUUGCAGCCAACGAACAAACAUGUAAGGCGUAUGAAGAGUGCAUCACAGUCAAUCAGACAAGUGCCAGAAUGUCAUCUAACCAGUUCAAAACAGUUUCCAACACACUUCCUAAACAAAAAAUAUAUAUUAUGCAAUUUUGUAUACUAAAACAUUACUUCCAUUCAAACACAUUUUUAUAGGUGGAAUUUGAACAAUGCCACAGUCAGUUGACAUCACAACAGGCCGUUUACAAGCAGUCUUCAUUUUAAUUUUUGGAUUUUUUUUCACUCCAGGGGAACUUAUGAAUGUGAGCAUGUUUGUCUGCAUGUUUGUGUUUGCGCGUGUGCAAGCGCAUGUAUUAUUGAUUAGUAUUGAUUAUGCUUAUCAGUGUUUGACCUUGAGUCAAUCGUAUGUGUCAUUAGAAGUGAAGCGUCAGUGAUUAUAUAACUAUAUAAACUAAAUUGUUAAAUUUUCAACGCACA